GUUUACUAAAAAGACCUUUGCCCUCUUUUUACCCUUUUCCUUCCCCUUCUUAUCUCCCCCACCCCUCUUGGCUUUUUUCUCUUUUCCUCCAAACAACAUCGCCUCUCCCAAACAACUCACAACUCUCCUGCCGCCGAUUCUCUCUCGCUCACUCGUUUGCUUUGCUUCUCCUCCGCCCCCUUCUCUAAUCCUCUACGGCUGAAGCAGGAAUCGAAUCGCAAUGAAAGGAGGAAAAUCCAAGGCUGAUGGCAAGAGUACUGAUGCCGCGCUAAAGCCGAGAGCGGCUGGAAGAUCGAAGAAGGCAGUCAAGGAUCCAAACAAGCCUAAGAGGCCUCCCAGUGCUUUCUUCGUCUUCAUGGAGGAGUUCAGGAAGGUGUUCAAGGAGAAGAAUCCUAACAACAAAUCUGUUGCUGCUGACAAGGCUACUUACAAGGCAAAAGCAGACAAAAGGAAGGCUGAAUAUGAGAAGACCAUGGAUGCUUACAACAAGAAACAGGCUGGAGGUCAUGGUGAUGAUGACUCUGACAAGUCCAAAUCUGAAGUAAAUGAUAACGAAGAUGAAAGUGGAGAGGUAAGGCCGAAUCCAACUGUUAGAUUUCUCAUUUUAGAUCUGUAACUGUUGGAAUUCGAUAUUCUAAAUCCUACUGCAAUGCCAUUGGUUUCCUUUCACAGGAGGAAGAUGAUGACGAGUAAGGUCCGGCUGUAGAAAGCUUUUGGAGGAUCAACUGGUACACUGCCAGUAUGAAGUGGAAGUUGCUUCUUCGUCUUCUCCUUGUUUAACUUCGAGAGUUAUAAUGUGACUGGGUAUUGGGUAAUGGAUAUUUCUAGUUUGCUGUUUAGAUUGUAGGGUUGUAGGAAACAUAUCUGUAAGGGGGCAGCCUUCCCCUCUCCUAUCCUAGUGCUCACAGUGCUCUUUUUUAUGUACUUAAAUGCGUAUCUUUGACCUGAUAUGAUGAGUAAGUUGUUGAACUACUUACUGAUCUCUUGUGUUGGUAUUGACCAUAUCCAGCCUCUUCUUUUCUGUCAAAUAUGUCACCUCCCUAUGAUGGUGGGGUGAAGUUUCUCGACAUUGUGGAAGUUUGUGAUUGCUGCUUUCACUGCCUGUUGGUUUUGUGUCAGUGUGACGUAUCAAUGUUUUUGUUUUUUUGCGGCGGCUGGCGAAGAAUCUGUGGCCUGUUAUCUAGAGGUCAAAUAUGUGUCUUGAACCUUUCGGAUUUUGGAGUAGAAUGGAAAUGUAUUGUACUGUCUUGAAUCA